UGAUGCACCGCUGCUUGCUGUCACAACAACAACUCGCCAUUUCAGAUCCAGGAGGCCGAAACAACGAAACAAACUCCCGCGGAGGAACUAACUAGGUCACCAGACUCUGUCCUGUUCUCCGUCUGAAACACCUCUGACCUCUCCUCUACCGUCACACGGUUGUGUAUUGAGUUCAGAUGCAUGUUAUCUGGUUGGUGAGCACGAGCUGUUCCUGCGUCGGUCCGGGCUGAAAGUGAUCAGAGUCAACGGUCGGAUCGUUCUGCUAACGGCUAACAGCUCGCGGCUAGCUGAGUGUAAACAAGGAUGAAGCGGAUUAAAGGAGGAGAGGAGGACAGCAACAGCUCCCCUGAUAAGAGCCCACCAGAGGCUUGCAAGAAGGUGCGGACGGAGACGAGCGAGGAGUCAGAGGCAGUGAUUGCCAGUGAGGCACCAGAGAGUGAAUGGGCACGACUGCCUCAGGAGCUUCUGCUACACAUCUUCCAGUACCUUCCACUGCUGGAUCGGGCUUAUGCCUCUCAGGUGUGCAGCAGGUGGAACCAGGCUUUCCACAUGCCUGAGCUGUGGAGAUGCUUUGAGUUUGAGCUUAACCAGCCAACCAGCUCUUACCUGAAAGCCACACAUCCAGACCUCAUCAAGCAGAUCAUAAAGAGGCACUCCAACCACCUGCAGUAUGUCAGCUUUAAGGUGGAUAGUAGUACAGAGUCUGCAGAAGCAGCAUGUGACAUCCUUUCACAGUUGGUGAAUUGCUCACUGAAGACCUUGGGGCUCAUCUCUACAGCCAGGCCCAGUUUCAUGGAGGUUCCAAAGUCUCAUUUCAUCUCAGCUCUGACUGUGGUGUUUGUCAACUCCAAAUCGUUGUCUUCGCUGAAGAUUGACGACACGCCGGUGGAUGAUCCGUCUCUGAAGGUGCUGGUGGCCAACAACAGCGACACCCUGAGACUGCUGAAGAUGAGCAGCUGCCCUCACGUCUCCCCAGCAGGGAUCCUGUGUGUGGCAGACCAGUGUCACGGCCUGAGAGAGCUAGCACUAAACUACCACCUCUUGAGUGAUGAACUCCUGCUGGCCCUCUCCUCGGAGAAACACGUCCAACUGGAACAUUUGCGGAUCGACGUGGUGAGUGAGAACCCCGGGCAGCACUUCCACACCAUCAAGAAGAGCAGCUGGGACGCCAUGGUACGGCACUCGCCCAAAUUCAACCUGGUCAUGUACUUCUUCCUCUAUGAGAACGAGUUUGGCCCUUUCUUUAACGAGGAGGUCCCGGUCAUGCACCUCUACUUCGGUCGCUCGGUCAGUAAGGAGGUCUUGGGCCGCGUUGGCCUCCACUGCCCUCGUCUGGUGGAGCUGGUGGUGUGCGCCAAUGGCCUGCGUCCUCUGGACGAGGAACUGAUCCGCAUCGCCAAGCACUGCACCCAGCUGUCGGCCAUCGGCCUGGGCGAGUGCGAGGUUUCCUGCAGCGCAUUUGUGGAGUUCGUCAAGAUGUGUGGUCGGAGGCUUUCCCAGCUGUCCAUCAUGGAGGAGGUCCUGAUUCCAGAUCACAAAUACUCCCUGGAUGAGAUCCACUGGGAGGUUUCUAAGCACCUGGGCCGGGUCUGGUUCCCAGACAUGAUGCCGACCUGGUGAAGUGAAGCCAGAGAGGCACACAAAGUACAGUCCGUCUAGUUUGUGGUGUGGAACUCUCACGGCCUCCAUGUUUGCAUAGAAAAGCCUUUUAAAUGCUCAGCUGUAGUGGAAUGUUUGGUGCCAACAUGGAGAGCAUAAACUUUGCUGAACUCCUGUGUGGAGUGCAGGGCAGGAAUGUGAUGCGGGCACCUGACUGCUACACAAUGUUAUCAUGUCUCGAAACACCACAAACAUCUCUGCCUGUUAGUUUAAAAAUAGACUGCGGAAUCCCGCUUUUCCUAAUCUGGAGACAGAACUCGCCGGGCCGGCUUCUUCACGUUAAACAAUCAGCACACAGACCAGAGUAGGUUGGAAAUAUUUGACUAAAAACACUAUGUUUUUAUACCUGCAAAUUGAGACAUUGUAGCCUGGUUAUGAUAAUCUAUAUUAUGAAAGACGUCAGGGUGUGUGUGUGUGUCUAUAUGUAUGUAUGUAUAUGUGAGUGUGUGUAUUCUAAUGUUUUUUGGAGUAUUUUGGGAAGAUUAGGUGCACUAUUGCAUAUUGGUAAACAACCACUUGGCCUACUUAAAUCCAGUAUGAGAUAGCCGUACUGCAGUCUAACAAAAUAUGGCAUUGGAGGUUUCCAAAUAGCUGCGAUGUUAUUUGUACAUAGUACGUGACAGAAGGUGUUUCGUCAGGUGUAGUCGAGGGGGAGGAUUCAAUUAAUUUUGCAGAAGAGUUGCUGGGUCCUACUGUACACCUACAUUUUAAACUAAUUUAAUCAUAAAGAGCAGCAGUAGUGUUGAAGGCAUCUUGCUUUUCCUCCUCGCCUGAGCUCAUUCAUGCAUCAAAAAAUGAAACCACGAUUAGAAGCCAUGUUAGAAGUUGGCCCAGGAGAGAAACAGAAAUGUGCAUAUAGGUCUCAAAUUGUGACAUGAAGGCGUGCAGUGUCGAUUGAUGCCAUGGAUUUUAAUUUUCUCCAAAAUAUGCAGGAUUUUUUUUUCUGUCCUGCAUCGUGGAUCAAUUGGCACGACAAAUUACAUUUUCGUUUUGUUUUUUUUUAAAGAAGGUUUUGUUCAGUCGUAGAUUUCCUAAGCACUUUAACAUGAAUACCAAAUGAUAGUCAGGACAAAACAAGUCCUUUUUGCCCUAAUGAAAGCAAGGAAACAAUCUUUAAAAUGCUCCAAUUUGUAUUAGUUGAACCCAGAUUUGAAUGACUAUUUACACUGUUCUGGGGUUCUGUUGAAUCAGAUACCAUGGACAGUAUAUUGAAGUAAUAAAGCUAAAAAAAAUUCUAUGUAAAUAUAGAUAGUGCACAGAAAAGUCUGAAUUUGAAGGUAGAAAUUGGUGAGAUUGCUUCGUAAUAAUUCAAUAGACUUGUCUCUGCGGCUAGUAGCUUAAAAUGCGAGCUGGGAAAGCAAAAGUAACCCUUUGUGUGUCUCAGGUGCAUUAAAUGAAUAUAUUUCCCUAAAUAGGUUUCAUUGGUAUCUUCUGCUAUUUGCCUGUUCAAGCUCUACACCCUAGCUCUAUGUUGUGAAUAUCUGCCCUCCUGUUAGCCCUCGUUUGCUCUGCAUCGUCGUGUUACCACAUCGUACAUACAGGAGACGAAGCAGUAUUCAUCGCUUCAUUACAAACACCGUCUUUGCAGGUAUCGCUAGUGCUCCUCUCCAAAACACCCAUUCAUUUCUAUCUAAAGAGGUUUGGCAAGUCAGAUGAGUGAAACAAACUGUUUUUCCUUUAAGAAGGAAGUCCAAUGCAUCUGUAUAUAAAACGCUGUGUGUUUGAUCAUUAUGAAUAGAAAUGUACCUAUUUCUUUAUUUCGCCCUCUGUCAGGGUUUGAAGUUUCCUUAACCAACGGCCCGUGUCUUUUAUAAAACCAGAGUGAGUUAUCCUUUACUAGAUGGAUCUUUUUCAUACGGUAGAACAAACACUACAGAAGAUAAAGCUGUGUAAUUUAUUGAUAUGGAUACCGGUUUUGUAAUGACUUUGUGUUUUCCAGUUAUACAAAAAAAGCAAUCAUUAUAACCAGCAAGCAGACCAGCAGCAAGGUUAGUUUCUUUUUUUUACACUUCCACCUCGGUCACUGGGAUUUUGUUGCAUGUGGGUGGUGCAAAAGUUUCGAAACCUGAAUCGUACACUUACUUUUACUCAGACUUUAAGAAGCUGAGUUGAAGGUGCACCAAAUUGCUAGCAAAGUCACAAUCAAUCCAUUAAAAGUGUCAUUAAGAGAUGUCAAUAAAAGACAAUAUGUACUUUCACAAAAAGUUAAAAGAGUUAUCAGUAGUGGACAAACUUUUGGACAACAGCGCAUGACAACAAGAUCUGUAGAUCACCCCGAUUUUGAUUUUUUGGUUUGUUUUUCUGCCAGACUUUCCUUUUAUCCAUGUCGUAUUAGACAUUUCAUGUAAACAAACAGCAAUGUAGACUAAAACUGAGACACUUGUUGCAGGAAGUGCAAAUGCUUCUUAGUGUUUAUUGGAUUGAACUAACAGUCUAUUGAUUAGUAUUGGUCUCUUAUCACUGACGUUAGAUACCUGUGCUGAUUGUCUGUUCUCUCGUGCAUUAGCAUAUUAAUGGUUACAGUAACAUAUCAACCUGAUUUAUUUUUCAUAAUUUGUGCAGUGCAUUACAUGGUUGCCGUGACAGCAGCUCUAAAGCGAAGGUUGUGUUUCAAUACUGUACUGGUUUUAAUCAUUUUCCUGUCGUCUUUAUUGGCUUAUAUUGGAAAUUUCAGUUGGGUAAGUAAAACAUGUUUCAUUUAAAUACAGAUAAAAUACAUCAUUAAGAUGCCUUGUCAGUAAUUCUUUUAACCUCAUUUGUCCAGAGUCCUCCAGUAAGUUUUAUUAGGAGUAAACUGGUGUUAACAAUGUUGUUCUUUUAGUUUGGCUUCUGUAUGGCAAAUGCUUUGUCUACUUUGCUUAACUGGUCAUCUGUCUUGAAAUUAAAAUUAUUGUUUUGGACAUGUGAUCUUAUACUGGUAAUAAAAAUGUGUGAAUGUA